GCUGGUGCAAUGAACGACUCCGCAGAUCAGCUUCGGCCAGGUUUGCGGGUCGUGCGUGGCCCGGACUGGCGACAUGAAGUGAACAGAAUGCAGGAUGGCGGAGAAGGAUACACAGGAACAGUUGUCUAUGUCCCCAAACAUAACACGGCAGACAGGAAGGUGACCGUGGUCUGGGACUCAGGUCGGGAAGUGAGGUACCGUGCUGGUCAAGAUGGAAAGAAUGACCUCAGGAUCUUUGACUCUGGCCCCUCAGGUGUCAUCCAUCCUGACAUCAUCUGUGAUGGUCAAGGAUGUUCCGAGUCACCGGUCAAGGGUUUACGAUGGAAGUGUGCUGUCUGCACUGACUUUGACCUCUGCACUAAAUGCUAUAUGAGUAAAAAACAUGAUCUCAGUCACAGAUUUGUAAGGAUUGAUGUGGAGAAUUCUCCUGCGGUGGUUGUACCUCCACGCUCAAAGAGUAAAUGUAUUGAUGCUUGGGGUGUGUUCCCAGGCGCGAUGGUUGUUCGAGGGCCCCACUGGAAAUGGAGUAACCAGGAUGGGUCUGAUGGUUGUGAAGGUAAGGUCAAGGACAUUGUGACGUGGGAGUCUAGCCAAUCAAAAGGAUACAGAGGAGGGGUAAAGGUCUUAUGGAAAAAAACUGAUUAUGAAGGCACAUAUCGUAUUGGGGGCGAUGGCUGUGUGGACGUCCUUUACAAAUCAAAAAAACAUCCAGGAUCUGGGGGGUCCUACUAUCCAGAUCACCUCCCUGUUGUAGAUGUCGUCAGUCCAGGUGUGAUUGCUUUGAGACCAUCAGACAAAGUCAGAGUUGUGCUGGACACAGACGCCCUUAGGAAACUUCAGGAACAUGAAAUGUAUGGAGGCUGGGAUGAUGACAUGGUGCAGUGCACGAAAGAGUUGGGUACCAUUGUUGAAAUGAUGUUUGAGGGCAAAAUCGUCAGAGUGCAGUAUGAAGAUGGGAAGGUGUGGACAUUACAUAGGAGUGCCCUCACACGGAGACACACAUUCACCAAGAAUGAAGCUGUGAAGAUUCUCAGUGACUCCAAUACUGUGAUGGGCCUACAGGAUGGUCAUGGUGGCUGGAAUGAUGAAAUGAGUGAGACACUUGGCCAAAUGGGUCGUAUCGUGAAAAUUGACAAUGACGGUGACAUGAGGAUUAAAAUCAAAGAAAAGAUGUGGUUGUUCAGUCCUGUCUGUGUUAGUCCAGUAGAAGAUGUGUCUGUUGCUAAAAAUGUGCCAGCAAAUGAAGAUAUGGAUUAUGAUAGUGAUAGUAGUGAUGACGAGCCCAGUGAAAGCAUGAAUGAUGUUGCUAACGCUAUUGCCCGGGUAUUUGUGGAGAUGUUGAGAGCCCAGUCAGACUCACACUCAGACACGACAUCCUCCAUCAAUAUUGUACAGGCAGCAGCACAAGGAGAAUUGUCAGACGUCCAGACAGUGUUAAAAAAGGAUCGCUCACAGGUGGACCGGACUGUGGAGGAUAAGACCGCCCUACAACUUGCCAGUUAUGAAGGUCAUGUCAAAAUUGUACAAUUAUUACUGGAAUACAAAGCUAACAAAAAUAAGGUGGACAAGGAGGGGGACACUGCGCUACACUACGCUGCUUUUGGAAAAGAGAAAUCAACCAUGGAAGUAUUGCUCAAAGCUGGUGUCAGUAUCAACAUAAAAAACAACAAAGGUCAGACAGCCCUCCAUGUGGCUAUUAGUAAAGGAAACUCCGACUGUACAGAGUUACUGGUCAGCCAGGGGGCUGAUGUCAAUAUCAAGGAUGAAGAUGGUGACACUGCCAUGCAUGACUGCCUGGCUCAGAAGUUAGGACAACCUGCUAUAUUUCAGGCAGUGUUAAAGGCCAAAAAGGCUGAUUUCAACAUGGAGAAUAGCAAAGGUCUUAAUGUGUUACAAUGGGCUGUUCUGAAGGACAACAAGGCUGCUGUCCAAUUAAUUCUUGAAAAAAACAGAAAUGUAGUGAAUUCAAAAACAAAGGAAGGCUAUUCCCCAUUACACAUCGCUGCAAUCAACAACUAUGUUGAUUUGAUGAAUACCCUCAUCAAUAUGGGUCAGGCAGAUGUGAAUGUAAAGGACAAAGAAAAUAGAACUCCACUUCAUUUGGUGGUGAUUCGCUGUCAUAAAAAUGCCACAGAGAUUCUUGUGAAUGAAACAAAAUGUGAUGUAAAUGCUCAAGAUAAAUAUAACAACACAGCCCUCCAUCUGGCGUUAGGCAAUUACUCACUGCCACAGACGGUAGUACAACAGUUAGGACUUGCCAAAAAGACAAGUAGUGAAGACCUGAGUGAAAUCAUCUGCCUCCUCCUCGAGCAUAAAGCCAACAUCACCCUGAAAAACUUGGAUAAAAAGACUCCCCUCGACCUGACCAGUGACCCCAUGACACGCAAAUUCAUGGAGAGGUUCCAAGACACAAGAUCGGCUUCUAAAUCCCAGUCCCAGAAAAGAAUGCAUUACCCAGGUUACUGGACAUCAAUGACACAUCAACAGCAGAUCAUCCGUGUUGCUUUGAAGAGUGGUGAAGGUGGUAUGAACGCAAAGGAGUACGGAAAUAUUGUAAAAAAAUUUGCUCGUUCAUUACCACAAGCUCGUGUACUGAAAAUAGAGAGAGUACAGAACAAGUUCCUUUGGGAGGUCUACUACAUUAAAAAGCGUCAUUUGGAACGUCAUUAUGGAGGAUUUGGUACUGCUAACGAGUGUGAACUAUACCAUGGCACAGUACCAGAUGCUAUAGACGUAAUCAGUGAGCAAAACUUUGACAUGCGGCUAGCUGGGGGUCGCGUUGGAACUCUCCUUGGCAAGGGAACUUAUUUUGCUGCUGAAGCUAAAAUUUCUGAUGGUUACGCUUCACCCGACAGAAAUCGUCAUAAAUUUAUGUUUGUGGCCAAAGUCCUUGUAGGAAAGUAUUGUGUGGGCAAUAGCGAUUAUACCCGGCCUCCCUCUCAGAACCCGCGUGAUAAUCAGUCUGUACUGUUUGAUAGCUGUGUAGACAACAUGAAGAACCCUCGUAUCUACUGUGUGUUUGACAAUAACCAGUAUUAUCCAGAAUACAUUGUAGAAUAUAUGUAGGUUGUAAAACAUAACACUUCAAGUUAAUGGCAGAAUUUUGUAUAUAUACUGUAGCUCUCCUGCAAUAAGCCCAGGGAGUGAACAUACAGAUUCUGAAGUCAGGAGUGAGUUCACUACUUGUUAUACUGGACACUGAAAUAAAACUGAACAAUACGGGAUUUUAAUCACCUUAUUACCAGCCAUGAGUUUAAUAUCAUGUAUGGGACAUAUUAUAGCUUAACAGUUAUUGCAGUGAAUUCAGAAUGCAAAAAAAUAU